AUGCUCCCUCGCCUGGUGCUGCAGAGCUGUGCUCACCGAACAAACAUCGUCCACUGGCGCUCUUCUCAUCCCAUUGCCAAUAGAAUUUUACAAGGAGUAUUUAUUCCCACUUUGCAGUUUAAUGCUCACUUUGCAAGUAAAGGAAAAAAGGAAUCAGUUUCCUUUGGUGUGAACAUAUUUCAGGGUAGAAUCAGUACUGAACAAGUUUUUCCUUAUCCAUCAGUUCUAAAUAAUGAGCAGGCACAGUUUCUUAAGGAGCUAGUGGACCCAGUCUCCAAGUUUUUCCUGGAGGUCAACAAUGCUGCUGAAAAUGAUAGACUGGGGAAGGUAGAGGAUAAGACCAUGGAAGGUUUAAAGGAAAUGGGAGCUUUUGGUUUGCAAGUUCCUGUUGAUCUUGGGGGUUUGGGACUCACCAAUACUCAGUAUGCUAGACUGGUGGAGAUUGUUGGUCAUCAUGACCUUGGAGUGGGCAUUACUCUUGGGGCUCAUCAAUCUAUUGGCUUUAAAGGAAUUUUAUUGUUUGGCACUGAUGAACAGAAGAAGAAAUAUUUGCCUGACCUUGCAUCAGGUAAAACAAUAGCUGCCUUCUGUCUCACUGAAACAGCUAGUGGAUCUGAUGCAGCCUCUAUAAAAACAACUGCUGUGGAGAAGGGUGAAAACUACAUUCUGAAUGGAGGCAAGCUCUGGAUUAGUAAUGGGGGCACAGCAGAAAUCUUCACUGUGUUUGCAAAAACUACUGUCAAGGAUAAACACACUGGAAAAGAGAAGGACAAAAUCACUGCAUUUAUUGUGGAAAGAAAAUUUGGAGGAGUGUCUCAUGGGCCUCCUGAAAAGAAGAUGGGAAUCAAGGCUUCUAACACAGCUGAGGUCUAUUUUGACAAUGUGAAGGUGCCAGCGGAAAAUGUACUUGGUGGAGUUGGCAACGGGUUUAAAGUCGCCAUGAAUAUACUGAACAAUGGUCGAUUUGGCAUGGCUGCUGCUCUUUCAGGGACAAUGAUUGAUGCUAUUUCCAAAGCAGUUGACCAUGCCACCAAUCGAACACAAUUUGGCAGCAAGAUUCACACAUAUGGCCUCAUUCAAGAGAAAAUCGCUAAUAUGGCUAUGCUACAGUAUGUAACAGAGUCGAUGGCUUAUGCAGUCAGUGGUAAUAUGGAUGCAGGAGCAAGUGAAUUCCAGAUUGAAGCUGCAAUUAGCAAAGUCUUUGCUUCAGUGAGUAUUGGCAGAAGGAACUGUUCUAAUGAUUGGAUCGAGUUGCAAACUGUUAUUGCCCAUCUCCCUAGCAGCAGAACUUCCUUAUUUGCUUGA